AUGGAACUCGAAAGUAGACAACAAUAUAUGAUAGACAAACAAAACGAGUUAAAAGUAAAACUAGAACAAUAUAAUAAAUAUAAGAAAAGAUGGAUUAGAGUUGAUUCUGUUUUCAAAACACUGAGUGUAGUUCUAACAGUAGGAACAACAGUUGCAACGGCUGUAACUGGUGGAUUAAUGGUUCCACUACUUAUCCCAACUGUAUUAGCCACAAUUACUGCUAUUCAAACUUCAUCUUGUGGGUUGAUUGCUAUAGAAAGAUCAAGAGAAGAUAAGAACAUAACAAUAGAAGAACUAGAAAAAUUCAAUGAAAUUCUAGAUAAAUUUGAGAUGGAAAUAUCAGCAAUAAAAGAAGAAUCCUUUUACGUAAAGGCAAUUUUAAAGAAAUUAAAAGAUCAAAAGUUGGAAGAGGAACUGAACUACUCAAAAAAAUAA